UUGCCCUUUUAUUUCAUGGGUCACUUCACCUUAUAUGUACUUAACAUGGACACUAGAAGCAUCUAUAUAAUGGACUCCAUGCCUAUACCAUCAUGGUUUAAGGGUGAUCAUCCUAGCAUGCAUUAUAUCCAUAAUAUACAUUAUAUUGCCAACAAUAUGAAUGCUGCCAUGGAAUUGGCCAAUCCUACAUGGAAAGACGAUAUUUAUAUGUGGCGUCGUUUAGUACCAACAUGGGUUCCAAGAACAUUAAACUGGGAUUUAUCUGGCUUUCUUGUUAUCAACUUUAUGCACGAUUGGAAUGGUAUAAGGUUACCCUGCAUUUGCACUAAUGGGAAUGACCUGAGGACCAAAUUCUUAGUAGAAUUAUUGAAGUACAAGGACAAUGAAUCCAAAGACAACAUUCCAGAAGAAAUAUAAGAAAUUAUUAGGCACAUUAGAUAGAUAUGAUUUUAUUUGUAAUGAUGCUCAACUUAUUAUCCUAAUUAAUUUUAUUGCAUUUUAGGUUCGUAGUAUCGUUAGGAACAUUUGCCAACAUAUAUUUUAGUUAUAUGUUGCAAAUAUGAAGGCAGUUCAGAUUUCUGUACUUUCAACGAUGCAUUGGUGUUUUAGAAGCUUCAGCUUAUCCUACUGUAGUACUGUGCUUAAAAGACUCCUAUGGGUUUCCAUCUUUUUAUUGGAAACGAAGUACCAUACUAUUGUACUGUACUGUGACUUACAGGUAUGGAGGGAUAGGGCUCAUAACACCUUCUAGCUUCGUGAGUCAAAU